CAUGAGCAAGCUGCGUUGCCAGAGUGUAUAUUACAAUUAAAAUACAAUAAUAAACUAUUUAUUGAGGUUUCCCUAAAAAAUAAAGUUUUGAUUGUCCAAAGUAUGGAAGGAACAUCUUCGGAACACCACAAGCGAAUGGAGUAUUGCACCACCAGGUUGCAAUACCGUCAAGGGCGAGAGUUAAAAGCUGUGAAGGUGUAUACAGUGGCCAGCGAGUCCAGACACCUUCUAAUAUUUGGUGUGCCAAAGAUAAACCUUCAAGCGAAUCUAAAGAGCAAACUACAGGGCUUCGGAAGGCUGGAGUCUUGUAUUUGCAUAACUUCGGAGAUGGCUUUAAAGAUGGACCUGGAGGCCUUUACCGAUGUUUUUGCCGCCAAAUUCGAGCGCCUGGAGGUGGCCAGAAGGGCCAAACAGAUGUUGGAUGCUCGUCAAUUUUACGGCGGCAUCCUGCACAUUUCCUACGCGCCUGAGAGAGAAUCUCUGGAGGAGCUCCGGGAGAAGCUUCUAAAGCGCAGGCAGGAGGUGGCUUUUCGCAUCCGACGCAAUCGUCGGGAUAGGGAGCCGCCCCACAAACAGAGUCGAGAAUCCAAAUGAGUACUAGAU